AUGUCUCAACAAAAAGGGGAUGAAAAACGUGAAGAACAAAGUGAUGAUUACUUUAGUACAAUAUCAAACUACUUUUAUAAUUUAAUUUAUGGUAAUGAAAAUAAUCAAAGUUUAAAACCAGAUUGUUUAGAUCAAAAUAUUUAUGACGACAUUGUAGAAAAACAUAAAAAUAGUGUUCACCAAAUUGUGUACAAUUUAAAAUUAAAGCGUGGAUCGAAUUUUAAUGUGCCCACCAGAUUUAGCAUAAGCCAAGAAAAUGAACAAGCACAAGGCUUGAAGGAGUUACCACAUAUGGAAAACAAAAUUAUAGACAACUUUAAUAGUCAGCCAAAUGAAGAAGACAACCCAGAAAGUUUGGGAGACAAAUAUGAUCUGAAGAAGUCACAUAAAAAGAAAAAAUCCAAAAAAAAAAAAAAAAAAAAAUUUAAUAUGCUUGCAUCCGAAGCGGUUCAACCAAAUAAGCCAAAUGAAAAUGAAGAAGAAAAGGAAAAAGAAACAAAAGAGAUGAGUAGACAAAAACAUUCAGAGCCAAUAAUAUGUUAUGAAGAAAAUCAAAUAAAUCCUAUCAUACAAAUUAGUGAAGAAGAAAAGAAGACACCAAAGGAAGAAGGAAACAACUUUGAGGAUAAGCCAAUCGAUGAAAUAAAAGAGAAGAGCAAUGAAAAUGUUCUAAGACAUAAUAAAAAAGAAAGGAAAAAAAAAAAACAUAAUAAUUUUAUUAACCUACCUAAUAACAAGCUAACCAAUUUGGAUAAUAUAAAUCAAAAUAAUCAGGAAAUAUUGAAAAAAACAAAAUGUAAUACAAAUAAAAAAAAUAAUGACAACAUGGCUAUAAAUUAUAUACUGGAUAAUAAUAAAAAGUUUGUAAAUAUUAAAAGUAAUAAAGAAAAAAAAGACGAUGUUAUAAAACUACCAAAAAUUAAUUUAAUUUCUCAUAAUAAGUUUUUAUCAAGUGAAGAAGAAAAUGAAAAAAAAACAUAA